UUUGGACGAACAGUCGAAAAAUAAAAGUAGCGAGCCAGUGUUAGUACGUGUUGCGAAAGUUUCAAAACCUUGAUUUUUAAUAUCGGUCGAAUAUAAUUCCAUUUUUGUGAAAUGGAACCUCAAAAUGCCUCUUCAUCAAAAGCAGAGGAUUCUGAAGGUCGAACAUUCAGACGGAAAUUUGUAGAAUUCGAACGCGAUAUUUUCAAUACAAUUGCUAGUGUGGAAGCAGCGCUAGAGCGAGAAGAAAACCAACGCAAAAAAUAUGAAGAAGAAAUACAGAAAUUGAAUGACGAAAUGAAGUCAGUGACGCAAUUAAAUAAGUCUUUGAUCGAAGACAAUGAUGUGCUGAAAAAUAAAUUAAAACAAAGCGAGGCCGAAAAAGAAGAAAUGAUGAGAGAAAAAACUUCGUUCAACAACCGUCUUAAAUUGCUAUUAAAUGACGUGAUAGUCGACGACGUAGAAUCUCAAAACAACAAGCGCCCAAAUGACACGUCUUUGGAUGAUGAGGAUAAUCCGGCUCGAAAACAUCAGAAAACAGUGGAUGAACAACCGAGACCACUCAAUCCGACGAAUGAAACAAAUGAUCAAAAUUUCACCGGGAAUGCCGUUGUCGAGCUUCAACAACUUCAAUCAGUUACGGAUAUCCCAAUAUUGCAAGCAAAUGACAAGAAUGAAAUGAUUGUGACAGUUGAUAACACUAAUGCUGCUGUCACCAAAGACGAACCUGUGUCGGUAACGGAAAACAAUCAUCUGUUGUCUACGGAAAACCAAGUUGAAGAAAGAAGGAAAACAAUGCGACGUAACAUCAAAAAAAUUAUGGAUUUCGAAUGCUUAACGGUAGAGACAAAGAGAGCUUUCCAACAGGAAAAAGAAAGGAAACUUCAUUACACCCAAAAGCUACAAAAGUUUUGCGAAGAAUACGGCGUACUACCUGGGGAAUUCAACAAAUUGGACAAAUUGGUAUUGGAUUUCGAUGCGAAUACUAAGCGUGAACGGUUGUCUGUGGAUAGAAGAUUGUUAACGAAACUGAAACCUCAUCAAUGCGAAGGCGUGAAAUUCAUGUGGGAUGCUUGUUUCGAAUCUAUUGAGAAAUUGCAACACAGUAAUGGUGGCGGUUGCAUUUUAGGCCAUUGCAUGGGUCUCGGAAAGACACUACAAGUGAUCACAUUGGUCCACACCUUGAUCACUCAUUUUACAGAAACGAAAGUAAAGAAAGUUUUAAUACUUUGUCCAAAGAGUGUCAUUCUCAAUUGGAUGGAUGAGUUUGAACUUUGGCUCAAAGAUUUUCAGAACAAAGGGAACAUCAACACCUACUGUCUGUCGUCUGCCCGUGAAAGUGCAAAGCGUAUAAAAGCCUGGCAGAAGAAUGGCGGUGUCUUCAUUAUUGGAUAUCGAUCGUUUCAGCGUGAAUCGUGUAAAGCAGAUGAGAAAAGCAUAUUUCACCAGGCCUUCGUUGAUCCAGGAGUAGAUUUGGUAGUUUGCGAUGAAGGCCACCUCCUGAAAAAUCCAGCUUCGAAGCUCAGUUUGGCAAUCAAUAAAAUUCGCACGUCACGACGAAUCAUUUUGACUGGAAGUCCGUUGCAGAAUAACUUAAAUGAAUAUUUUACGAUGAUCGAAUUCGUAAAGCCUAGAUUAUUAGGCACCGCAAAGGAGUUCAACAAUCGCUUCGUUCGUCCAAUAGUAAACGGUCAAUUUAUUGACUCGACCGACGAGGACAUCACACUAAUGAAAUAUCGGGCAUACAUUCUUCACAAAUUGCUGGAUGGAUGCGUUCAACGACGUGACUACUCCGUGCUGGCCGAAUUUUUGCCACCGAAGCAGGAAUAUGUGCUGUUCAUACGAUUGACGAAAGUUCAGAUUGAUUUGUACAAGUUAUACAUGACUACUUACGGCAAGAACAAUCCCAUUGUUCAUUCACCGCAAUUGAAAAAGAUAUGCAAUCACCCGAAUACAUUGAUCGAUUUUGCUAAACGACAUAGACCAGCUCAACGAAAUAGUGAUUCCGAUUCAAGUGACAGCGAGCCGAACGAAAUUGCUGACAAUUGGUGGAUGCCCAUGUUCGACGGAUGCGAUCAGCCGGACGUAUCUGGCAAAAUGUUGUUACUUUUUUCUAUUCUAUCGGAAUGUGAAACGCGUGGUGAAAAAUUGCUGUUAUUCUCUGGCUCCUUGUCCACGUUAAACGUUAUCGAAGGUUUCCUAGCCACCAACUCAAAGGGAAUUUGGACUCGUGGAAUGGACUAUCUACGGAUAGACGGAAGUGACACUGUUGACAAACGUAAACGAGCUAUGCAAGUAUUCAACGAUGAAACGAAUAAACGAGCACGAUUGUUCCUGAUUUCAACGAAAGCCGGAAGUUUGGGAGUCAAUUUGACGGGAGCAAACCGAGUCAUAAUCUUUGACGCAUCUUGGAAUCCUUCGGAUGAUAUUCAAAGCAUUUUUCGAACAUACCGAUUUGGACAGAAAAAGGAGUGUUACGUGUACCGAUUCAUUUCUCUUGGUACAAUGGAAGAGAAAAUUUACGAUCGUCAGGUCUCAAAAUUGAGCAUCGCCAAACGUGUCAUCGAUGAGCAUCAAAUCGGUCGCUAUUACAAGGAAGUAGACCUACAGCAACUGUUCGGUGUUGAUGAUCUUGAUCCACAGGUGGUACAACACACGGCACCGAUUCCAUCGAACGAUAAUUUGCUCAACGCUUUGCUGGAAACGCAUGGAGAUUUGAUUUACAAGUAUCAUGACCACGAUUCACUAUUGGUCGAUAUGAAAGACGAGACAUUGACCGAUCAAGAAAUCGGAGACGUUUGGAAUGAAUUUGAAAGUACUGGAAUUGAUGAUUUCGAAGAUACGUCGACCGAUCAAGAUAUUGAAGAUUCUUCGGAAUAAUUUCCCUAAGUGGGAGCGACUUUUCGCUGUUGAAAAGAUUUUUAUUUCCAAGAAAAUUGAAAUGAAAUUUAAACUAUGUUGGUUCGUUUGACACGAACAGUUUUAUCGAUAAAUUCAAUAAAAGCCACAGAU